GCUCCUGAUUGCCCAGAACCCCCCUGUUUCUUCCUCCUCCUACUCCUCCUCCUUUACCCUCGUCUUCUCCCCUCUUUUAUCCGAGUGUUUGUGGCCCCCACAUUCUCACAGCGACCCGGAGCCGAGCAGCGUCACAUGCCACCAUGAGUGUCCUGCCAUGCAGCUUCCUCGUCCUCCUCCUCCUCUGCGUCCCGAUCCUCGCUGAGGCCAAACGUCAGGCCGGACAGGAGAAACCAGACAAACCUGAUAAACCUCGCCAGCCUCCACCGUCACCACCACCGGCCAAGAGAGCCAGGAACCGCUCGGUACCCGGAUCUGGAGAGCUGAGCACUAAGGACGGCCACCGCUGCACCUGGCAGACAUCUGGAGAAAGUCUGGUCAGCCUGGUGGUGAACUGCAGCACUGAAACUCUAGGAGAGCUGCAGAGGUACUGGUGCCGGUAUGCCGGUAAACCGGACCUUUGCCAGGCCUACGGGGUGAAGUCCAGCCAGUACUGGAAGCAGCUGGUGGGGAAGCUGAAGAAAAGACAAAACGCCUGCGAAGGAGAAAAAGUCCUGAAGGCCAAAACCUGCAAGAAGGCGCCUGCCGAGGCUCACAUGAAGCUCGCCCAACGCAGCGGCGAAGACGAAAAGAAGGCCGGGAAGGAAGGAGGGAAGAAGAAAGGAGUAGCGGGCGGGAAGAGCUCAGAUGGAGGGAAGGUGGAAAAGAAGAAGAAGAAGGAGGAUGAGGAGGAUAAGAAGAUGGAGGACAGGACUGGGUUGGAGGAUGAUGAAGGAGUCAUGAACGACAUGGAGCCGGUGCAGAGCUACUGCAGCGAGGGAUGGCACUCGGUCUGCUCGUUCUUCGUCAAGUUUUUUGAAGGUUGAUCAGUAACACUAAAUCAAAACGCAGCGAAUUCACAAUCUGAAAACAAUCGAUCAGUUUCUUAAUCUCACGGGAAACACCAGGCAGCUCAUUUGUAAAAGUUCUUUUAUACCUUUAACUCUGAGCUGCGUUAGCAUCACAUUUCCCAGUCAAAGUUACAUUAAAGUCACCUUAUUUGCAAUGCUAUAGCGGAAGGAUAAUUAAAACCUGGCAAUCUAAAUUAUACAAAACCAAUAAAUCAAACCUGCUAAUUCUGGAAGAAAGCUCUAAUUCAUUAUAAAUGUCCCUGACAGGCUUUAGAAACUCACACCAGCUGUUUUUGUGGAAAGAACAGGCAAAGUCUUCUAAUGGAGUAAAAUGAACCAAUCAGGUUAUUUUUAACUCCAGUUUUUGUUAAAUGAGUGUUUUUAGCUGUGGGAUGUGUUCAGUCAUUGUCAUAGUUGUACUUUGUUCUCUAGAAAUCAGAUGAAACUGAAGAGUUGAGCUGUAUAAACUGUUUGAACUAACAACUAAACAUAAUGCUUUGGUGGACAACAAUCAGCCGUGAUCCCCACUGGUGAUGGCGUUAGUGAUUAUUGGAUCAAUUCAUGUGUCUUUGUGACGUGAAACUAAAAUUUUUUAUAAACGUGUAACUGUUGUGUAAAAACACACUGUUAAUAGUUGUUGCUGUUGGAUUUGUGGCGGUUAGACCUUCGCAGCAUCUAAAAAAUAUUUUUUAAAGACAUGUUAACACUGUUCCUGGGAGUUUACAAUAAAGUGCUCACAAAAAAUGGACAA